GUUUGAGCUAAUUCCAUGUUCCCCACAGACCAGAGGUAUAACCAGCCGAAUGGAGCUCACUACCUGAGGGAUAGCCCAGAGGGAGAAUCUGCCUACCAGAUCCUGACGGUCAGUCAGCCCAGUAUGUCCCCUGAGCAGAUGGCCAAACUAUACAGACCGAGUACACUGAUCGAUAAAGCACAGAUCCACAGCAGGUGGCUGGAUUCCUCUCGUUCCCUGAUGUCGCAGGAGAUCAAGGAGAACGAUAAACUCCUAAUCCGGUUCAAAUAUUUCAGCUUCUUCGACAUGGACCCCAAGUAUGACGCUGUGAGGAUUAACCAGCUGUACGAACAGGCGAGGUGGGCUGUACUGCUGGAGGAGAUCGAGUGUACCGAGGAGGAGAUGAUGAUGUUCGCAGCCCUACAGUAUCACAUUAACAAGCGUUCCCGGUCGGGGGAGACGGAGGAGGUGUCCCAGGAUCCGGAGCUGGACGAUGUGGAAGCUGCUCUCUCCACACUCGAGGUCAAACUCGAGGGAUCUAACACCAAGGACGUCCUGGUAAGGCCGA